GAAUUUAGAUAUACUUCGUGGAAAUAAGCAUACUCUUAGCAGUGCCAAAAAUAAGAGAUUUAAAUACAAAGGAUUUUUAUAACAAUUAUAAUUGGAAUAGAUAUUGUAAAUAUACAUACAAAAACAAGAUCGACUUGAUAAUAAAGAAUAAUGGUUGCGAGGUCUAUUUUAAGGAAUUUCAAGAACCUAUGUUCUGUUACUUUUAACUGCUAUGGAACAUGGAGCAGAUCAAGGCAUUUAAAGUACAUCGGGGCUGGUAUCAUGACAGGUCUCGCAGCGUACAAUGCAUCUAAUAUUACAGUUUUGGCAGCACAGAACAAUCUGGAUAGUUAUAUCCAAACUUUCAUGUCAAAACCCGUGACAGAUGUCGAGAAGCUGCGGAAGAACCAGAAUAGCAUGAGAACAAAAAUGGAACUGUUGGUGAUGAAGACCCAGGCAGAUUUCUGCAGAGCCCUGGAAUCGCUGGAGAGCGACGGGUCCUUCAGAGUGGACCGCUGGAGUAGGCAGGAGGGCGGUGGCGGUGUCACUUGUGUAUUGCAGGAUGGGCAGGUGUUCGAGAAAGCCGGCGUCAACGUAUCUGUAGUAACAGGCACGUUGCCACCAGGUGCUGUCCAGCAGAUGAGGGCGCGCGGCAAGAAGAUGGACCAAGAUUCAGUACCGUUCUUUGCGGCUGGCGUGAGCGCCGUGAUUCACCCGCGCAACCCGAUGAUCCCGACAAUUCACUUCAACUACCGCUACUUCGAGGUGGAGAAUCAGGACGGCUCCACCAAGUGGUGGUUCGGAGGCGGUACCGACCUUACUCCGUAUUACCUAGACGAUGAAGACGCCCGGCACUUUCACAAGGCGCUGAAGGCGGCGUGCGACAAGCACGACCCAUCAUACUACGCGACGUUCAAAGAAUGGUGCGACAAUUACUUUAACAUCGUGCACCGGGAUGAACGGCGCGGCGUGGGCGGCAUCUUCUUCGACGACCUCGAUACGCCGAGCCAGAACGAGGCGUUCCAGUUUGUGACUUCGUGCGCUGAGGCGGUCAUCCCUUCAUACAUCCCCUUGGUGAAGAAGCACAAGGAUGACGGAUAUGGCUACCGCGAGAGACAAUGGCAGCUGUUGCGGCGCGGCAGAUACGUCGAGUUCAACUUGAUCUAUGAUCGCGGCACCAAGUUCGGCCUGUACACGCCCGGCGCCAGGUACGAGAGUAUACUCAUGUCCCUGCCGUUGAACGCCAAGUGGGAGUACAUGCACGAACCGGAGGCUGGCUCCAAGGAGUCGCAGCUUCUGGAGGUGCUCAGGAAUCCGAGAGACUGGCUGGCCGACGCGCGAGCGUAGAGGAAUUGCGAUUUCGAGGUAUCCGACGACCGAUGGAUAUUGCGAAGUAACGUAACAAUGAAGAAGUACAAUUACUUAGCAAUUAAUCGCGGAAGUCUCAAAAGACAACGAGGCAGUUUGGUGAGAGCGCGUUUAUGAAUUGGAAGUCUGCGGUUUUGGAUUGAAUUCAAAUUUCUAUGAAAGUUGAAGUUACAUGAAAUGAAAAUUGAACUGAAACUCUCUUUUUGUUACAUUGGAAACAUAUUCUGUUCGGGCUUCAAGGUUUAGAUAAUAAAGACGCUUUCAUAAAGUGUUGAACGUUGUACAGGUAUGUUGCAGACGGUGAUAGAGAAUAAACAUCGGUCUUAUACAAUAUACAUAUAUAAUUAGUAGUAACUUGUACAAUCUUAUUUUAU